AUGGCAAUGAUGGGACAAAUGAAUUUCUUUCUGGGAUUACAAGUGAAACAGACUAAAGAAGGAAUCCUGAUAAAUCAGUCAAAGUAUGCCAAGGAACUGAUCAACAAGUUUGGGAUUCAACACAUGAAGUCAGUGAAGAUUCCAAUGAACACCAACUGGAAAGUGGAUCCAAAAAAUGAAGGAAAAUCUGUAUCUUCAACUAAAUACAGAGAAAUAAUUGGUUCACUACUUUAUUUGACUGCUAGAAGACCUGACAUAGCAUUUGCAGUCGGAUUUUGUGCGAGAUAUCAGUCAGAUCCGAAGGAAGCUCAUAUGGAUGCUACAAAGCGCAUUGUAAGACAGCUCAAAGGCACACCCAAUAUAGGUCUUUGGUAUCUAGUUGAUAACAACUUCAAGCUUUCGGGAUACUCAGACUCAGAUUUUGUAGGAUGCAAAAUUGAUAGGAAAUCAACUUCUGACACCUGUCAAUUCUUAGGAAGUUGCUGCUCACAAAUUCUGUGGCUAGUCCAACAACUGAAGGACUACGGGAUCGAAGAAAGGAAAGUCCCCAUCUAUUGCGACAGCUCCAAUGCUAUUGCAAUCACGAAGAAUCAUGUACAUCACUCCAGAUGCAAAGAAAAACCAUCUGACACUGAAGCUGGUAAAGCAAAAGGAUCACCAGAAGCUCAAAAGGGAGACGAACCAGAAAGACCUCGAGUCAAUGGAAAACAAGUGUUGAAGAAGAAACAAACAAAGGAACAAGAAGAAGAAGAAGAUGAUGAUGAAGAUCAAGGUGAAGAUCAGUUAUGUCUUCGUUCUGUUCUUUAA